GUGCAAGACUGUGGACGGGGAGCUGCUGAGAGUGUGACGUGACGUGGAGGGGGACGCUGGAAUCCCCACCACCUCAUCACCCACACCACCACCACACCACCACCCACCGCUGCACCCACUGAACUGCAAACAUUUCUGAUCACCUCUGCUGCUACCAGUGGGUCCAGCUCUGAGACCAUGAUCAGGCAGCAGAGUUCCUUAAGUGCUGUUAGCCUCCUGCUCCUCCUGACAGGAGCUUCUUUCCUCCAUCUAUCCUCCCCAAACCCCCUUGACAGUCCAGGAGACAGCAACAGUCCACCUAGACCCGCAAUUCCUGGACUAGUUGAGUCAGGAGACGGGGAAAGAAAAGAUGAAGAGAGACAAUCAGUCCAGAAAGGAGAUGUAGAGGAAGAGGAGGAGAGUGAAGAUGAACUUUUUAAAGAUGUGGAUCCAAAAACAUUGGCUGCUGUUUUAGUGGAGGCUCUCAAAAGCAGAGAAGGUGAUGAUAUGAAGGCUACAAGGGGGAAGGUUAAGAAAGACGAGGAGUCUGAGGGAACAAACCGAGACAGAGAUGGACGACAGGAGUUGGAGAUGCUGAUGGCUGCACAAGGAGAGCAGCAAGACAAAGAGGAGGCGGAAAAGAGGAGGAUAGCUCAGGAGGAAGAGGAGAAGAUGACGGAGAAGGUGACCAGUCAUACCACGAGUCAGACAGUCCAGGUCCAAAACAAGCAGUGGUGGGACAAAGCCAAUAGAAGAGCAGGGAAGGGGUCGGACGGUACCGGUCAGCAAGGACCAGAGCAAGGCAGCAAUGAGCAGGAGGAACAGCUCAACCAAGAACUGAAGAGCCUCGAGACUAUGAUGAAGGAGUUUCCACGUUUGCAUACAUUCACGAAGAGGGAGAAAGAGGUGGAACAGAAGCAGAGGGCAAGCAGGCACUACAGCAGCUACAAUGACAUUUUACCGAUAAAUAAAGGCAGCGAUCUUGCCAUGUCGAAGAAGAAGCUAAAAUGGCAAGAAGAGACGCAAAAAGCCAUGAGCUUCCCUACAUUCACAGAAGACAACUUCAUGAAUGACUUCGAGGACGGUAACUUUGUGGGAGGUAAUGCUGUGCAGUCUGAGCCUCCACCAGAACAAGCAACGGAGGCGGAGGACUCAAGGGAGCAGGAGGAGGAAGAGGAGCAAGAGGAGGAGGAGGAGGAGGAGGAAGAAAUGUUGAGUCCUGAGGAGGAGGAGGCUCGGGCCAAAGCAGAGCAGGAGGAGAUGAGGAGGCAGGCAGCUGAGGCCCAGAGAGCCAAGAUGGAGGAGGAGAAGCUGGCCGACAUCGCAUCGGACAUGCUGUUGCGUUACAUGGUCAAACAGAAUCACGGGAACAAAAAGUACAGUCUGUCCUUGUCCAACGGCGCAGAGGACAAGAGGUCCAACGAGGAACAGGAGGUGACGGAGGAGGAAGACAUCGACCCUCAGACCAUCGACAAGCUCAUCGAGAUCUCCACCAAGCUCCACCUCCCUGCCGACGAUGUGGUGGACAUUAUCAGCGACGUGGAGAAGAAGAAGAAGAAAGACGUAACUCCAGAGAUGACGUCACGUUGGCAGCAGCCUGUAAUGCCGCUGUCUGCGUCGUCACUCGUCAGUGACCUGUCGGUAUCGAAGGCCAAUCAGAAGGGUUAUCCUGUGUCUAAGCAACUGUCUCCUCCUGUCAACCCCCUCAAAACCUGGUUCCAGCGCAAGAUGCCGCCAAACUCGCAGGAUCUCUGGACCAAACCUACGAAGCCGAAUUCAAAUCUUUGGUCUAAACCACAGAAGAGCCUACCGAUGGAUCAGGACUUCUGGCCUAAAUCUCCCAUGUCUGGAUACCCUGCGUACCCCUUUACAUACCGACCCUACUACCAGAGGAAGCCCUACCCAGGCUACUAUCCCAUACUCCUCCCUCCACCUACAAGGCUCAAGUCCCGUUAUUAUGCCCCCAAACCUGCCUUCAACGGCUUCGUAGGAAAUGCUGUGGACAACGCCUACUAUUUCCCGCCCAGACGCCAAUACAACAGCUGGAUCCAGCCUCGGCUCAGAAAACCCCCCAUGGCACUUCAGCACAGGCCUUAUUACACCAACUACCCCCUCCCACUGUACACCCGGACAUUUCUGCCCAUGCCCCUCCCCAAACCACACUCCCCUGUCCGAGUGCCUCCACAGAAGGGGCAGUUUUAUUUCUCCUCUUCAGAACCUGAGAGAAAGGACGAUUCCAUGGUUGUAAAACAGCAAGACAGAAGCAGCAUCCACGAUAAUCUGGAAAAGUACAUUGAACAGAUGCUCCUGAAGCAAGCACACAUGUUGGAUUAAAGGAACGAUUAGACGAAAGAAUGAAUGGAAAGAAGAACUGAAGAGUUUUUUCCCAUGUUUUUUGGUAUUUGUUUGCGUUGCAUGUUUUUUUGGUUAUUUUCAAUUUUUCAGGGAAAUGAUGAAAAAUGCCAGACAU